CGCUCAACUUCAUCUUCUUCGAAGCCUCCUGAGAUGCGACUUGGCUAGAAAGAAGCUUCCGACGUCCUCAACUCCGACUUAUUUGGGUGGAAAAUAACUUUUAUGGAACUCUUCACUUGAUCCGACCCACCUCCCAUCCAGGUUAGAGGGUUCCAGCCCCGUUGCAUGGAGGGAAGAGCGAUAGACUUGUUGCAUUCGUUGACUUGGACUUGACUCUAGUGACAAGGUCAGUGCUGGUCGUUUUAGGGUUCAGCGAGAUCUGACUGCGACCCCCCGACACUAUGUACAGCCAACAGCCCUUCCCCCCCUUUGCCUUCAACGCCGGACUCAUGCAGGACCCCGCUAAUUGCCAUUUUGGGGGUUACACCGGCUUAGGACACCCCCAGCCUUUCUCCUUCGCCUUCUCUACGCUGAAAUCGGAAAAUGGAGACUCCGGGGUUCAGGGGAUGGGCGACUGCUCGGCCCCCGUUAUGCCCUGGAACUCAAUGGCAUCGUUCGACCACCACGGCCAAGUGGAGACCAACCAACAAGGGAAUCCGAUCAGAGCGCCGAGUCCGACCCCGACUCUUAGUGACUCCAGGAUUAAGGUGAAAGAGGAGGUUGCCCACGAAACGGACAGCGGGGAAGAGUCCCCAGAACCCAAAUACCCCAGCCCCCCCAACCCCUCUCUCUACUACCCCAACACAUGGACUGGUAGCCCUUUCUGGCAAGUCAACCCCACAGCGGGCAACAACAGCAACUCCACCAACCCGAUGCCCAGUCAGACUCUUGUGAAGAACGGCAGCCUCCCUGGCAACACUACUUACCCCACCCCAGCCAACCAAAGCCCCAAUACCCCCGUAGACUGUGUGGUCUCCAGUAUGGAGAGCAGCCGGUGCAGUAGCGCCAACUCUUCCAAUGGGGCAAUUAAUGAACGGGCCACUACGAUCCCCAAUGGGGGGAUGGUUGAUGGGGGACAAUCGAGCGACAAUGAGGAGGAAGUUCCCAGCGAAUCAGAAAUGGAGCAGUUCGCCAAAGAUCUGAAGCACAAGCGGGUGUCUAUGGGCUACACACAGGCCGACGUGGGCUACGCGCUGGGGGUCCUAUACGGCAAGAUGUUCAGUCAGACUACGAUCUGUCGCUUCGAGUCGCUGCAACUCAGCUUCAAGAAUAUGUGUCAGCUCAAACCCUUCCUAGAGCGCUGGUUGGUGGAGGCAGAGAACAACGACAACUUGCAGGAGUUGAUUAAUCGGGAGCAGGUCAUCGCCCAAACGCGGAAGCGGAAAAGGAGGACAAACAUAGAGAAUAUAGUGAAGGGGACGCUGGAAAGUUACUUCAUGAAAUGUUCCAAGCCGGGGGCUCAGGAGAUGGUGCAAAUAGCCAAGGAGCUCAAUAUGGACAAAGAUGUGGUCCGGGUCUGGUUCUGCAACCGGCGGCAGAAGGGCAAGCGCCAAGGGAUGCCCACGGUUGACGAGAACGACGGCGAAGGCUACGACGUGGGGCAAACGAUGGCGUCGCCCCCUGUUGGACACUAUUCGCUGCCGCAGGUGGUGACCUCGCAGGGCUACAUGGCAGCUCCGCUCGGCUCCACCCCGCCCCUCUACGCCUCGGCCUUCCACAAGAACGAGCUGUUCCCCCAGCCGCUGCCCCACGCCAUGCCCAUGGGCGGCCAUAUUGGUUGAGGGCAACAACCUAUUUUACAGACUGUUUUACUUGUUUUUAACAGUGGGGUGCUCUCCAGCGUCCGACCCCUGCCCCCCAAGUUUGCAUAAACCCCCCUUAUCUGCUUUUUUACCCCCCCCUGUCACCUUUGAGUUAACUUUUUGUAUAAUGUAGAGGGAAAUACUUUGAGACAAUUUGCAAUUGGUCUUUUUUAUUUUAUCAUCAGUUCAGCAGCUUUCCAGUCUGCUGUUAGUUGGUUACCAGGGUCCAAGUUACCUUAGCAACCAGGGAGUGGUGUGGAUAUGAAUAGGGGUGCUGAAUAGACAAAAACGUAACAAUAAAACUGGAGCCUCGCAAACCAAUAGGAUUUUGGCUGCCGGGGUCAGCGACCCCCCCCCCCCCAUUACAAAACAGCAGAGUUGAUAAACAUAUAAAUAAAGAAGACCAAUUGAAAAGAUGCUUAGAAUAGGCCAUUCUAUAUCAUACUAGAAGUUAACCUAAAGGUGACCCCCCCCCCCCCCCCAAAUCUCCAACAGCCACUGGGUAUGGGUAAAGCCCCUCUUUGGGGGGGCCCCUGCCUGCACCCCAAUACACUGACCGACACCCUACUAAUUUAUUUAUGGGUUUAAUGCAAUUUUUCCAUCAUUGGUGCCUGAGUUUUUUGGGGGGGACACUCUUGUAUAGAGUCCGGUUCCCCAAAUUAAUAUAUUGGGGGGUGGGGAAUAUAAAGAGUUAAUGUCAGUAACCCUUUCAUGCCUGAUACAGGGGGGUCUGCACUCACCGUAACUUAUUCAACUACCCGGCAUCUCACUGUAUUAUAGAUCCCAUGUAAAUACCCCCUUUCCCAGAAUUCCCUCUUUCUCACUUUUUUUUUUUCUUUUUUUACAAAAAAAAGAGAUUUUAUGCUUCCAGGAUGUAAGCGUAUAUUUAUGUAUAUUACCCACAAUGCAGUGCAAUGAAUUUUCAUUCCUGAA